GGCUCGUCAGUGCCUCAACAGACUCCGGAAUGUAGGCAGGGCAGUGCUGUGUGACCGUCCCGCUGUUCCCUGAUUGUUGAGAAUCAUUGUCCGGGUCUGUCUUCCAGCGAUUCAGGUUCAAGGUUAAGGCGCAAGGCAUCAACAGACCCAAUUCGUAAGGGAGAAACAGGAACAGGCGCCGACACCUGUCUGGAGAUGGCGGGGAACUGCGGCUGGUCGUUGUCGGAAGACGCUGUGCUCCACAUUUUCGUCGUCUACUGCUGUUUCUUCUGCAUCGUUGGCAUCAUAUGUAAUGUUGUGGCGCUGUGGUGCGUGGCGCGCUGCCACCGCACCAUCACUCCCGUCAAGGUGAUCCUGGGCGCGAUCUUCUCCUGCACGCUGCUCAUAUGCCUCGUGGAGCUCCCCUUCAUGGCGCACGUCUUCCUCGCUGACCUGCGCUGCGACGAGGAGGUUCCAAAGACGGUCGAGGAUGGCGUCAUCAUCACCUGCGUCAUCAUAAACAACAUGGAACUCUUUUACAUCUCCAUAAUGGCGCUCCUCAGAGCUCGGGCGGUGUGGGCGCCGGGUCGGGGCCCCGUGAAGCUGCGCACGGCCGUCGCUCUGGUAGUGGGGGUUGGACUCUACAGCUUAUUCAUGCUUAUGGUGAUACAUGUAACGAUAUGGACGCAGGACUUACACAUCCGCUCGGACAAUGUCCUGGAGAUAGCCUACUGCGUGGUGCACUACUUCCUGCCCGUGCUGCUCACCCUCGUCUGCUACCUGUCGACCAUCGUGGCGGUGAGACGUAACCAGCGUAACCUGCCCAGCGGUCAGCCCACGGCUGCGGUGGACGAAGUGACGCGGGCAAUGCUGGCGGUGUUCCUCAGCAACCUGGUCUCCGUCCUCCCAUUCUCCAUCUAUGCCAUCCUGCCCUUGGACACCGACAUCCUCACCACCGGCAUAAUGAACAUGCUCUAUUACACGCAUCUGUUCGUCGACCCGCUGGUGUUUGUGUGCUUCAUCAGACACCACCGGAGGCGCGUCCUGCACGGCCUCAAAUUAUGCCUCGGCCGCCCUCCUGGAGAGGAAGACGGGUCAACCCUCGAGUCACAGGUCACUAAGUCGCCCUCUGCCCUAUGCGUCCCGACGAGGGGUGAGGUAAAGCCUCAGUAGAAUGCUUGCUGACGAUUUUUAAGUGGAAGGAAAGGAGGUUGUGGAGGAGAACAGCGCGGAGGAGUGGAGGGGAAUAGAGGAGAGAAUAGAGGAAGUGAGGGUAACACGCGCGAAAAGAAGAGAGUGAAGGAGAAAAGAAGGAAAUCCACAGCAGAACCCACAGUAAAGAAGACACAUAAGACUGUGAUACAGCGGACGGUUGGACGAAACUUGUUGGCGACAUAUGCCGUUGAUCAGUGCCUCGGCCCUGGCAACAACUCCAUGGCAGAAGAAACACAAAAAAAAUAUAAUAAAUCGCUCGAAGAAUGGUGAGUAUGUUUUAGCUGAAUAAACAUCGGGAAAAAAGCAAAUUACUACGUGGGUGAAUGGCUGUUUAAAUCUUGCAUCAGAGGAGAAACAGGUAAAAAUAUGUGGUGUUUAAAUACUACGAAGGAAGAUUACAGGUGACGUUAAUAGAUAGAUAGAUAGGUAGACAGAUAAUUAGAUGGAGAAAGAGAGGCGGAAUUAUAUAUAUUCGAGAUGUCACAGGUACGCUUAUAAUAAUACUUCUGAGUCAGACUUAUGUUCCUGAUGACUUUGAAGAGGAAGAAUAAAAAGAAGAAAAAUA